UCGUAAAGUCAAGUGAGCCAUGACAUAUGAGCUCUUAUUGUGAGCACACAGGACGGUGGCAUCUUUCUAAGGUUUUUUUUAUUUUCCCAGCAAUCAGUACAACCAAGUCAUCGUUAUAAGGCAUCGCCCUCUUUUGCCCACCCCCCAGCACCAGGUGUGGCCACUAGCCUAUAUGAAGGCCCAAAAUUGUGUGUUCCUUUCUGCUCUGACAAUGGCAUGCCCAUUCGUGCGAGAUGUGGUGGAUGAAGAAGCACUUGUGCUGAGGAGAGCCUUCAGGCGAGAAAGGGUCUUCAGGGACCGGUUGGACCCACUGGCCUUCCCUGAUGACCAUCUAUAUGAAAGAUACAGGUUUUCUGCAGAUGGCAUCAGGUAUCUAUGCAGACUACUGGGUCCCAGGAUUAAGCACCGCACUGCACGGAGCCAUGCACUGAGUGUGGAGCAAAUGGUUUGUGUGGCCUUGCGCUUUUUUGCUAGUGGAGCCUUCCUGUACUCAGUGGGGGAUGCAGAACAGCUGAACAAGGCCACAAUUUGCCGCACAAUAAGGAGUGUGUGUCUGGCUAUCAAAGCAUUAGCAGAUGUCUUCAUCUCCUUCCCUGGUCACAGAAGACUCUGUGACAUCAAAGAGGAGUUCUAUAGGAUUGCAGAUGGUCUGCAAUGCUGACUGUGUGAUCAGCAAUGUUGUGGCAAAAUGGCCUGGCUCAGUCCAUGACUCCAGAAUCUUUCGGGCCUCUGAAAUCUAUCAGUGCCUAUCACAAGGUGAAUUCUCUGGUGUGUUGCUGGGAGACAGGGGGUAUGGCUGCCAGCCUUUUCUCCUGACACCUUUCACAGACCCCCAGGAAGCACAGCAGGCCUACAACCAUGCCCAUGCCAGGACCAGGGCCAGAGUUGAAAUGACCUUUGGCCUCCUGAAGGUACGCUUUCACUGCCUUCACAAAUUAAGGGUCAGCCCUGUUAGGGCAUGUGAUAUUACUGUGGCUUGUGCUGUCCUCCACAAUGUGGCCUGCCUGAGGAAGGAGAGGGCCCCCAGAGUGCCACCAGCCAUGGACUGGGACAAUCCAGCAAUCUUCCCUGAUGACGACAGUGGUCGGCUGCUGAGGGACCAAUAUGUGUUGAAUUAUUUUAGUUAGUAUGUGUGCUUUCAAUUUUGGUUAAAUAUGUCCUGCGGUGGCAGAGGAAUUUGGGUUUUUUUGGGUUCGUUUUUUGACGAAUUUGGCCUCUUAUGAUGUUUGUGCGGUAUACUGUGUGUAAUACAAGGCUGCAGGGAGGCUACUGCAUCCAUUCAUUUGUCUGUUCAGUUGAUGUGUAUGGAUUUGUCCUGCAUUUAUUUUAGUGUGCAGACAUGCAGGGUGUGUUAUAUACAGACCUUUGAAUGUGUAUGUAUCAUUUUGUAUAAUAUGCUUGGAUUCUGUGCUUUCCAUCUUGUAGAGUCACUGUGACUUCAGUUUCGAAAGGAGCUGAUGGUUUACCUGCUUUGUUUUGUCCUUAUUCAAUAAAGGAACAUA